UUUAAUAAAUUAUAUUAGUGAAAGUUUUUUUCUUGAUAGUCUCAGAACAAGAAAAGUCGAAACUUCAUACUGUUUCAAAGGCCAAAUGUUGAUUUUUUAAUGAAAUUUUUUUCCAUCGAUUUCGAGUCAUAACUCAUAUAAAAUGGAAAAGAUUUACGAAUUCGAGCAAAGUGCGAAAAAUUAAAUGAUCAAACCCGACUGUUACGACCUGAAUAGGAUAUACACUUAAAAUUGCGUGUUGAUAACAUUGUUAACAGCUUUUGAUUGACUAAAUGGUUACAGGAUGAUCGAGUUAUCAGGUUGAAAUGCUAAUUAUAAUCUAAUUUAUACAUUGUAAUAGCUGCAUGCAAUAGCUGAUUGAUUGGUAAAGGUAAAUAUUUUUUUCACAGGAAAUUUAUUUUCAUAUUAUGACAUUUGGCCAAUAAUUUGAUUAUUAUACUUUCAAUCAUUCAACUGAAUAUCAUUGUCAAUUAAGAUAACCUUCAAAAAGUCAAAAGUUAUUGUAUUAUUGGCCAUUAACUCUGAUGAGGAGUUGUUUUUUUUUUUGGUUAUGGCUUUGAAUUUUGAUCAAUCCCACUCCAGUUUAGUCAAUUAUUUCCAAAUCUUUGCUCAUUUAAUUGGUAUUAUCAAUAAUUAAUAGCUUAGGUUGAGUCCAAAUUGAAUGACAACUUGAAUUAGUCGAUCAAUGAAUUGAAAUGUGAGUCUCAGUUUUGACCAAAAACUGAGCCUUUUCAAGUCUUAUAUUUCACUGGAAAAUCUGUUAAGGUUGAGAAACAUAAAUCAAGUGAGAAUCUGUGUUUAAUACAAAAUUAAAUUAGUUGAUCAGUGUAAUAGUGAAUGUCAAAGUAAACAAGACAAAAAAAAACAAGAAAUCAUCAAAUGUUGACCAUUAAAUUGAAGCGUUAAAAUUACAAUCAGUUAACUGCCUGGAGUUGUCCAUAACAAGAUAAGAUGGUCCAGAUGAUUAUGAUGUUGAUUCUGAUGGACAUAAAUAUACUUGUACAAUUUAUUGUAAUAACUAACUAGUCUCAAAACCAUAGAGUAACAAGUGGGUUGAACUGAAGACAAAAACGCGCCUGAGCUUAAAAUCACUUUUUUUCAUUUAACCCAACAUUAUUUAACUUCACUUGCUUCUAAUUUUGUUGACUGAUCAAAUAGAAUCACCAAAUUAUAAUAUCAUCGUGAUCAAAUUAGUGUAUCCAUCGCAUUAUUCAUAACAUUUAAAUCAUGAAUAAACCAAAGCAACUUCACCAGUAAGCUCAGUGUUUCAUCUUGCAGUUUACAUUCAACAUUAACGGUUAACAUCACAAGUAACAUUUCAACAAACAUCUUGAAUAAAGCUACAAUUAACAUCAUAAUUCCCAUAUUUACAACUAAAUUAACAUCAUAAUCAAAAGAAAUCGUUUUCUUGUAUAAAUCUGGUUCAUUGGACAGUUUAAGAAUCAAGAUUUCUUGAUUUGUUUCCUUUUUGCUGUAGUUUUGCUCAUUGAAUUUGCAGUUAUAACAAUGAUUUGGAGCAUUUUCUUUGGUUAUUUAAUUUCCACACUUUUAAUUUCAAUUAGUUUAUCGUUUGAACCAAAUCCGAUUAUCUCUGGAAAUCAUAAAUUGCUGUUAAAACCAUUUAAAAUUGUAAUACCUCGCGAUGAUUUAACAUAUUUGCAACCUUAUCCCGAGUCUUUGGCUUAUAACUUGGGUCGCCAACGCAUCAAUGACUAUGUAAAAGCUCGACUAGCUGACCAUCCAAAUGAAUAUGGAGAGAGCAAAGAAGAUGGUGAAUCGGAAGGUUCCUAUGAAGAGGACGAGAAUGAAGAGGAUUUAGAUGAAAUUAACAAUACAAAUAAUAAAAAUAGCAAUAAAAAUGACCUUUACCAGCAACGACACAAUCACAAUGGAAAGGAUGUUAGACAAGUGAAUAAGAAGAGGUCAUCUGUAAUGCUUAAUAGACUUGGAUUUGUCCUGCACAAGGCUGCACAUAAAGUCAACGCUCCGCGAAUGGAAAAAUCAACAAGAUCUGAUGAUAUUGGCGGUGGACCCAAAUUUACCGACAAAUCAGGCACAAAGGAUAACAUGCUUAAAUGUUUUUUCAACGGAGUCUCAUGUUUCUGAGUGUGAAUAACCAACAUGGCGCAUACAAAAGGCCAAUUUUGCAAAAAGCUCGGAGAACAGUAAUUGUGUGAAUUUGAUGGACCCAAUUUUGACUGGUCUUUACUAUCAUCGUCAUCUUUUUCAUUAUCAUUAUCUGAACAGUAGUUUGUUGUAAAGAUGCAUGUGACUCACUACUUUGCAAAUGAAUUGUUGAAAUUUGUUAUUACCGUCAAAUAGUAAUGAUAAACCAACGUGUUACCUUUGCAAGCAAACCAAAAGACACAAACAAAUGAACAAAAAUUGAUAAACACAUUAAUAAGAAUAAUAAAUCUUCUGAUUAUCAUAUGA